UUGCACCUACCAUGACUAAUUAAAAACUCUUCAUACCAACUAAUACAGUGACAAAUGGAGGCCUUCCCUUCAAAGUAAGGAACCCAAACAACAUCUACUCCACACACUUCCAUGCCUUUUUAUGUUCAUUAUUCCCAUCUCCCACCUUCCACCAUUAACCAUUUAAACUACCUUUCAUUUCCUCUCCUCUCCAAGAACUUCCCUUUUCAGUUUCUUCUUGCUCACCAAUGAAAUGGGUAUUAAAAUUUUUGCCAUUCUCUUCAUGGCAACUUCAAUCUUCCUCUCCCUCUUGUACAUCCCGGCAAAAUUAACCAUACCCAUGUCCAGAUUCACCCCAGUCAUCAACAUUAACAUGCUUAAAGACCACAAGCCUUACCCAGUAAACUUUGCUUACUUAAUUUCUGCUUCUAGAGGUGAUUCCAAGAAGCUAAUGAGGGUGAUUAGGGCACUCUACCAUCCAGGGAAUUAUUAUCUGAUUCAUGUGGAUGCUGAUGCACCAGAGGUAGAGCACAGAGCAAUAAGAGAGUUUGUGUCCAGUGACCCAGUUUUUAACCUUGUAGGCAAUGUUUGGAUUGUUGGGAAAUCAAAUUUGGUGACUUAUAGAGGCCCUACAAUGCUUGCUACAACUCUCCAUGCUAUGGCUAUUUUGUUGAGGACUUGCAAAUGGGACUGGUUUAUUAAUCUUAGUGCUUCUGAUUAUCCCUUGGUGACCCAAGAUGAUCUAAUUGAUGCCUUUUCUGCCUUACCAAGAGAUCUCAACUUCAUACAGCACAGCAGUCACUUGGGGUGGAAGCUGAAUAAGAGAGCCAAGCCAAUCAUAAUAGAUCCAGGGCUUUACAAACUCAACAAAUCAGAGAUUUGGUGGGUUAUCAAGCAGAGGAGUCUCCCAACUGCCUUCAAGCUCUACACAGGUUCAGCUUGGACAAUAUUGUCAAGAUCUUUUGCAGAGUAUUGCAUUCUGGGUUGGGACAACUUGCCAAGAACUCUCCUCCUUUACUAUACCAACUUCGUAUCCUCACCAGAAGGCUACUUCCAAACCCUCAUAUGCAACUCUGAAGACUACAGAAACACUACAGCAAACCAUGAUCUUCACUAUAUCACUUGGGAUACACCUCCUAAGCAGCACCCAAGGAACCUGGGGCUUAAAGAUUAUAGAAGAAUGAUCCUGAGCAGCCGUCCAUUUGCCAGAAAGUUCAAGAAAAAUGACCCAGUUCUCGACAAGAUUGAUCGUGACCUUCUUAAGAGAUACAAUGGACAGUUUACUUAUGGGGGUUGGUGUUUGUGGAGUGGGAAGAGGCAGAAAGCAUGUUCAGGCUUACAAAAUGAGAAAUAUGGUGUUUUGAAGCCUGGACCAGGGUCAAGAAGGUUGAAGAGUCUGCUCACAAAACUUGUAUCAGAAAAUAAUUUCACUAAGAGACGAUGUAGAUGAAUACAUUUCUCCAUUAAUGAGGGGAAUCCUUAUUUUCCAGUAUGUUGGAUGCAUAUAAAAGCUACAAUGAGAUUUAUAAUGAAAUAGUUUAUUCCAGAAUGAGCAUUUCAAAA